GAGAGGCGGAGCCCAAAGAAAGCCUGGGAAACCGCCAUGGACGGCGCCUUCUCCUCCCACGAGGAAGCGCACCAAGACAUCAUCCUCGACUGGGCCUUCUCACCGCCGCCGCCACACUAUCCCUUCGACCUCCUCGAACCCAUCCCUGUUCCAUCGAUGCCGGCGAAGCGUCCGCCGCCGUCAGCCUUCGUCGAGUACACAGCGUCGGAAGGCACCGCUCCCUCCUUCCGGUGCUUCGGAGACGUCGACAACAUCCACCGGAGAGUGAACCGAUUUCUGGGAUCCAUGGAGAUGGCCGUCAGGCCGGGGAACUCCGACGAGAGGGCGGGAACGAGCCGGGGGUUUCGACACAUGAUGAGGGAGAGGGAGAGAAGGGAGAAGCUGAGCCAGGCUUACGCUGAGCUCCAUUCCAUGCUCUCGUGCACGUCAAAGGGGAACAAGAUUUCUAUAGUUCAAUCGGCAGUGGAGCGGCUGAAGGAGUUGCAGCAGGCGAGGGAGAAGCUACGGAAGCGCGGCAGAGAUCUUGAGCUGAUGGUAUCCGGAAAUGUCACGGAAGUGGAGGUCUCCUCGAUCAAAGUGGACGUCAAGAACUGUUCGACGUCGAUGGAUUCUAUGAUCUCUGUGCUCCGGCGUUUGAAGCACAUGGAGUUGAAGGCCACCGCCAUCCGGUCCACCUUCUCCAACCGGGAUUUAUCUGUGGAAGUGGCCAUUGAUUCAAAGGUGGCAAAAGACAAGGUGGAAAGAGUCAUGAAGACUGCUUUAGCAGAAGAAAGACACUGGGUCGAGGACAAUGACACUUAUGGAUCUCGUUUAGAAAUUAUUCUUUUGCAAAUGCGUAUGAUAGAAUUUUCUGGCAUCAGCAUCCAUAGGCUAUGGGAUGGAACUGCAAUGGACUCCAAGGUGAUGCAGGUGAUAUGCCCUUAA